ACACACACACACACACACCCAACCCCCUGUGAUGCUAUCCGCCCCAUGGCUGUACUGGGACGGCAUGUCUGUCGAGGAGGCGGUUUAAUCUGAAACCAAAACCUGGAUAUUAUGGAGGAAUUGAUGUGUUGACGGAGAUGCAUGAAAAAGACAGUCGGACUCCGCGGCGGGAUGAUUGGCGAUAACCGAGCACAGGAACACGGAGAGAGAAAUCUGAGUCACCAUAAUCCAUCUGGACGCUGGGGGGGAAGAUGAGGACCAUGAUGGCUUCGAUGAAAACAGCAUUAUUCGUAUUCGUACACGGGGUGAUCCACUACGCUGUGUGUCGCGACGUAACACUUCCCACUGGAACCCUCUACCGCGUCGCAGGGUUCCAAGUCUCCCUGCCGUGUUCGGUGUCGGGCUUUGAGGGACCGCGCACGCAGGAAUUCGAGUGGUUCCUGUACAGGGACGAUGCUGCUGGGAGGCAGAUGGGAGUCGUGUCCACCAGGGACAAAGGCUUCCCUUACGCCCCGUUUCAGCCCCGGGUGAAGAACGGGGAGGUGAGGGUGGAGAGGGACUCGGGGGACAAAGUCCAGCUGGUGAUCCAGAGGCUUCGGGCUGAGGACCAGGGGAAGUACGAGUGCUACACACCCAGCACAGACACAACGUACCAGGGGAACUACAGCGCCACAGUGGCUGUCAAAGUGAUCCCUGACACACUCCAGAUCAGCUACACUCGCUCGCUCACUGGUCAGCCUGUGCCAGAGGGGGCUGAAUUAACACUGACAUGCUCAGCUGGCAUCCAAUCGGAGCAGCUCACCCACCUGUCUGUCACGUUUGGGAAGAGGAGCGGAGGAGAGGGCACAGGGAGCGAUGGCGCUGGAGGGGAGGUGAGCAACGUUAGAGAGAUAAUCUCCAUCGACAAGAUGCUGGGGAUCGUUCCUGGGCGUGGGUACAAGAAGAGGUAUGAUGACGGAGAGAUCACGCUGGAGAAGAGGAAUGGGGAGGCGGGGCUGGCUGUGUACGUGAUGAAGAUGAAGAUGGUGCAGCCGGACGACACGGGCUCAUAUUUCUGUGAAGCCUCUCAGUGGAUUCGUGACCCUGACCGAUCUUGGCAGAAGAUUGCACAGAGGACUCUGGAUAUUGGCAACUUGACUGUUCAGCAACUAGCCGAGUCACUGAGUAUAACAUCCUCACCCCGAGGGGAGGUGACCCUGCAGAUCGGUUCCCCUCUCAUCUUGACUUGUGAGGUGUUGGGGAUGCCGUCUGAUGUGAACUCCGGACUGCUCGUUCAAUGGAUGAAGAGGGGAUCAGUAAGCAGCGACACAGCUGUAGCCGGGGGAGUGGAGGUGGAGGUGGCCCGGAUGAGCCCAGAUGGUGUCGUGAGUUGGGGGGACGACCUCAGCCGAUCUAGCGGGGGCUCCAUGGAGAAAGUGUCAGAGGGAAAGUACUCUCUGAAGCUGUUCUCAGCCCGCCCUCUAGACUCCGGUGUGUAUAGGUGUGUAGUGAGCGUAUACGCUGGAAGAAGAAACCCUGGUCCCUCUACACCUGCAACACACACCCAGAGGUCUGAGGGAGUCACUGUCAACCUCAAGACCAAAGACGUGCUAGUUUCAGCCGUGGCUCAGCUCCCUCGAGGCCCCCUGUUGAAAAGAGGCAGCACCAUCACACUGAUCUGCACCGCCACUGUGACAACUACGGGUCCCGCCCAGGCACAGGUGCAGUGGCUGCGCUGGCCGAUCCCUGCACCGUUUAUCAGGAGAGGGCAGAGCACGACUCCUGAUCUCACUCUACCAGCCCCCCCUGUUGACGACAAACCCAGAGUGGUAGCUGCCCUCAUGUACGAUGGCGUUUCGAAAAUCUACACCAACACAAGCGAGGUCAGCAUCGACCGCCUGUCUGCUGUCAGCUACAGACUGAGGGUCCACACAGCUACAAUGGAGGAUCAGGGAAUGUAUGCGUGUCAUGCAGAGGCUUGGGGGCAGGACCCGCAUGGAGGCUGGUACAACACAGGGACCAGGGCGGAGUCAAAUGCAGUGACUGUUUACCUCUAUGCUAGAGCUGCUGACCUCCUCCUCAUCCCUCUGGUUGUCGGAGUAUCCUCUGCUUUGUUUGUUGGCAUCGUCAUCAUCGCAACGGUGACCUGCUGCUUCAUGAAGCGACUGGCGAGGCAGCGCGCUCAAAAAUAAGUUGGCUGGCUAUGUGAAAUCUUAAUGUUUGUGAAGAGGCCUAGAAGAGUGAUGCACAGAAUAAAAUGGAAGAAAUGGCAAAGAAAUGACUUCAAGACAAAAUGAAGUCAAAAAUGAAACAGGUACAUAAUGGUUAUCCUACGGUAAUACAAUCAAAGCCAGAAAAAAAUGUUGUUUUAUAAUCUCAUGUAUUUUUAUAUCCAAACCUCUGAAAAGAGCAUACAACUCAGUGACCCUGUCAAUGUCAGACUUUUUAGUGAUCCAUUUUUUCCCAAUGCAAAGGCAAGACGUGUUCUUAACAAGGUCAAAGUAAUGAAGGUUCUUUAUGUUUGUUUAAAGUGAGGAAUGCUACAGUUACUGCAAAGAUUAAAAAGUAUCGUUUCUCUAGGAAGGCCGAGCAAAACUCCCUCACAGAAGUCAAAGUUGCUGAAUAAAGAAACCAAAUUGUUUGGAUGUUUUCAAAUGGUGCUGGAUUCAACAUUGAUAAGUUAUGAUUAUUUUCUCAUGUAUACAAAAAAACAUUCUGUGUUUAACAACGUGAUGAUACUGUUCCAGAUGAUCUUUCCUUAAACAGCAUGCUUUUCUUUCAUUACAAACAUGAACAAAGUCUUAAUGUCUCUGCAUGCUUAAGCCUCUAGCACUACCACUGACAGUCACAUGAAUGCUAAUGUGAGCAGCUAAGCCUCCAGAAAGUUAAUACGAGCAGGGAUCUCCGACUGCCUGCAGUCAGGCCACACUCUGCAUGUAAACAAAGUCUAUGUCUGUUACUUAAUAAGGAAGGCUCUGGCCCAGGACUUUGUGAUGCCAAGACCAAUUGAGAACCGAUUCUAAACAAGAGCAUUCCUCGCCUGUUACGCUUUAACACUGAAGGGAGUUUCCUAUACAGCGUUGUAUAGAUUUGACAAGGAGAAAUGGAAGAGACAUCCAUUAUGCACUGAGCUAAAAUGUGUAGAUAUUGUAUUAAUUUUUGCAGUUUUAUUUUCUUAAUGUAAGCAAGACUGUAGUCAUGUUAGUCUUUGUGCAAAGCACCUGUGUUUAAAAAUCUACUGCAGUCUAUUCUGCUCUUUUGAAGCAUUUGGACGUUAAUGGGACCAGGACCAAAGCCCCUCUGUAUCCUUCUUUCACUUGAUUUACUUCCAGCUGAAAAUUGAACGUCUUUGCCGCACUUGAACUUCAAGCUCAUGAGUGUUAUUUUUUCUUUCUUAUUUUGUGCGAUUAAUUGGUUCCUCUGCUCUUGUCAGGUGACUGAGAAAUGAAGUCAGUACUGUGGAAAAAAUAAUCCCCCCCCCCGUUUGUUACACUGUUGUUGUUAUUGUGCCACACUAUGUAGGAUCCCUGAGGUUCAAAUCACCCGAGAUGUGCAGUCAUAUGACUCGAUGAAGUCUCAAUAUCCUCGUCUUCGUAGUCAUCAUGCGGUUCCUGCCGCAUAUUUCUACUGCCAAGACUUAUUAUGACUUUUAACCUCCGCUGCUAGCCCACACAAAAUCUGUUGGACAGAUUUACUGUGUCUGCGCACUUCCAGUAUAAUGAGUGAAAUCUAUCCUCCUCUUCCUGUCUAAAGUAACACUGAAGAACAUUAUGAUCAUACGAGUGUGCCACAUAGUGCGAUCAUUUAAGGUUAGAGAUGUGUUGGUGAAAAAGAGGCAGAAAGGAGAGUUUGUUGUCAUCAAGCUGGCAGCUAUCUAAUGAGGUUAUUUCAGGUUGUCUUUUCCCUUUCCUUUUGAUUAUAUUUUUGCUGAGAGAUGCUUGAAAGUCUGUUUUGUUUGAUUUCUGAUGAUUAUGUUACGCUGUGAGAGUCUGUCUAAAAUCUGCCCGUCCUCCCUAACCUGUGUGCUCCCUUAAACCCUGAUUAUAAAUGUUGUCCACGAACAUUAGGGAAUAAAAUCACAGCUCUGCCCAGCAUCCUGAGCCACUUUGCUCCAGAUCAACUCCUCAAAGCUGAUUUUGCUCACUCACAUACCCGCCCACCACAUGAUUACACGCACACACGCACAGACACACAGACAGAUCCACGAGCACACAGCAGCAGCGCUGUGCUGUACUGUGCUGGCAUUUCAGAUAGAAGUAUGUGAGUAUCUGCGUGUUCAUCUGUAAUCCCUGUUCAUGGCUGCAGUGUGUGUCCCGCUGCCCCUCCCCCUCCCGCUCAGUGUGCUUCAGAGGCAGCGUCGCUUGUAUUUGAUUCAUUUCAGUCUCUGUCCCCUGAGAAUCACAGCCAGCUUACAAAAAAAAAAGAAGUGUAGCACAUAGCGUGCAAAGUGUGAAAGCAGCUGUCUGAGUUGUGCUUUUCUUUGACGAUGUUUUAAACCCUUUCUUGAAGGUGUUAUGUUUUCUUUGUAUUGUUUACUCAUGCUUUAUAACCACUGUUCCUGAAUGCAUCUUGCUGCCAUGGAAAUAUAUAAAGGCGGAUUAUCGCUCACUUUGUUUCUUAUGGUGCUUUGGCGAACCUGCCAGUUGAUAAAACAAUAAAAAACCCACUCUGGAUUUAUAAUGUCA